AUGGCAGUCAAGACGUACACUUGGAUAUCUCUAUGGUUCCUUCUCACCACUCCGGUUAUCUUGUGGGAUGUUGGUUAUUGCUUUAUGAGGCCGCGUUCAAUGAUUGGAGGUGACUUACAUUGGAUCUGGGAACCAUAUGGGAUAUAUCAAAAUGUGGGUCUCAGUGAUUGUUACAUUUUGUACGGAAUCCCAGCUCUUGAAGAAGUAACCGGGUUCACAAAUGCGCAAUCCUUCAUGAAUGUCGUCGAAACAAUUCUUAACGUCGUGUACCUCUACCUCGCCCACGUCUCCUCCUGGCCUGCCGCCACUUUGAUCGGAUUCGGCUCUGCUUCCCUCACGUUGUCUAAGACCAUGCUAUACUGGGCUCAGGAAUAUUUCUGUGGAUAUUGUGCUACGGGGCAGAAUGACUUACGGACGUUAGUUGUCUAUUGGAUUAUUCCGAAUGGACUAUGGCUUCUCUUUCCCUCUCUGAUCAUAUACACUCUCGGUAAGGACCUCUGCGCACAGCUUGUGUUUGCGGACCGUGCCGCUACUGCUCUGGUCAAGGGAAAGAAGGAAUAA